AUGGCCAAGCAAAAUGCCCGGAUUUAUGGAGUACUCGAAAAAAUCGAGUUCGUUGUUGGAGACUUUUUCAAACUGCCAAAUCAGAUUAAGGGUGACGUUAUAGUCACAUCGCCACCAUGGGGCGGUCCAGAAUAUAAUAAAAUGGAUGUUAUCGGGCCGUUAGAUUUGUGUGUGGAUAAGAUUCUGGAAGUGGGGAAAACGAUUGCCCCAAAAAUACUGUUACAUCUACCAAAAAACCUAGAUAAAAAUGAGUGUUGGAAAAUGUGCAACGGAGUUGUUGCCGGCUUACGGAAGAUCGAAAAUGUGUUUAUGGACAGGUACCUCAACUCGACGUUACUGUAUGUCCGAUCCAAUAAUGUAAGUUAUAAGUCUAAAAGCAUAGUAAAAAAAUAA